AUGAGGCAACGAAGGAGCGCAAGUCCUGUAGCCGGCUCUCACCUCGCUCUCAGCGCAAGCACGAAUCACGCGGAUGGCACACCUUCGCGUCAUGACCGCGACAGGCUCUUGAGUGUGCCCCUGGCCAGAUCGCACGCAGCAAGCAACGAAGGGUUGGGCACACCUCGAGCACCAGCGCUACAAUGGGUUUCCAGCCCUAUUCCCAGACAUUGGACACUCAAUCCACUGGCUCGAGGUCGCGCUGGUCAGGAAGGAGGGGACGAGGAGGCGAUGAUGAUGAUGAUGACGCCUUCCAAGCACGACUUGCCGUUAGAUCCAUCCGCAACACCCGCAGCGGCAGCGCUCGUCAAGCAUUUGUGAGCGCAACAAAGAGGCGCCGCAGAAUCCAUGUGCGCCAACAUCGUGACCUUUUGCAACGAACCCAGCUUUGGCACCCAAGCACGAGGUCGCUCGCCCGCCGCCGACGCAAAUGAGCGCCUCAAGCAUCACGCUUGGCUGCCUCACACUUUUGCAUCCGACGAAACCUUUUCGCAUACUCAUUAG